AUGCCUCCCAAGGCCGCCGCGGAAAAGGCCGGCAAGGUCUUCACUGCCGAUGUCGUCGCCGCUGUCCUCUGCAGCACUGGCACCACCAGCCUGUCCAACAAGAACUACGAGAUGAUGAGCGCGCUCGACGGCGUCAAGACUGCGAGCGGUUUUCAGCACGAUUUCCGUUCCGUACUCGCCAAGGCCAAGGAGCUCAAAGCUCGCCUCGAGUCUGGCGAAGAGUUCGAGCCAGUUCCGCCUGGUAGCAAGCGCGGUCAGACUACCCCAGCAACCGCCAAGGCAACUCCUAAGAAGAGAAAGGACAUGUCUUCCGGCUCCGAAGACACUACACCGUCUAAGAAGAAGACGGCGACUCCCAAGUCCCGUGGCAAGAAGGCUCAGGCCCCAGUGGAGGAUACCAUGGAAGACUUCCCCGAUGAUGCUGAGGAGUUCAUCAAGAGAGAGAAGAAGUGGGAGGAGGAUGUCUUCACCUGA